GGGUUUUAGCGCUUCAAUUCAGUGAUGGAGUGGAGAGCCAUGGCGGCGGUGAUGUUUCCGGUGUGCUCGAGAGUCAUCCCGGACAGGAGGUGCCGUGCUUUUAAGCCGGCUUCCCAUUUCCAAAGUGCCGUUUCCAAAAGGAGCUUGAACAGAGUGAUGGUGAGAUGCGCAAAAGAAGACCCAACUACUGGAAUGCGCAAAGACUGGUUGCUAGACGACGAGCACGCACUAGAAGCGGAGCUGCAGCAAGCUAUACAGUCCGAGGAUUAUGCCAAGGCCGCAAUUGUACGUGACAGGCUGCGCGGCGUCCAACAGGAUGGUGUUACCGGCGUGCUCGAAGCCAACGCUCGCUUCUACAGAGCUUUCGAGCAAGGGGACCUGGCAGCAAUGCGCAAGAUGUGGAAGAAAGGCGACAGCGUACACUGUGUUCAUCCUGGCGCCGGACGAAUCUCCGGCCACGAGCUUGUGAUAUCGAGCUGGGAAGUGAUGCUGGGACCGGAGGUGGAUUUCCCGCUGCGGAUUCGUCUGGAACAUGUGGAAGUCCGUGUCAGGGGAGACUUGGGAUAUGUUACGUGCUUGGAAGUGGUGCGGUCGGGGACGAGCUGGGGGAAACAGGUUGCGACGAACGUCUUUGAGAGGCAAGAUGGUGUGUGGCAAAUUUGCAUGCACCAUGCUUCUCCAGCCCCCGACAGCUAGAAUUUCUUCGAAGAACAUCUACAAAAACUUCUUUUUCCGAGAAACUCGACGCAGCUCUGGAAGAUGGGGAAGAUCGGACUGGAAUCGAGGCACGUAAGGAUGUCUCGUUCUUGAGAGCUGGUUGGGCAGCGGCUGCAGCAGCAUCCAGGUCUUGCUGUUUCGUCAUGAGCAUGAGCAUUCGGAACGCUGCGCUGUUCUGGAGCGAGCCAAUGCAGCUUGUUUGGUUGCAAACCAAAGUUGGCAGACACGGAGCAAAAGAUCAGGCAGUCGAACUCAUCGCCAGCACCUUCUGAAGCAGCUCCGGACUAGCGAUCUGUCCUGCGGAGCUCAAGAACACAACUUUGCAGUCAGAUGCAAUAUAGACGUUCGAGAAGAGGCAAGCAUGAAAAAUGAGAACUUUACCUUGGGGAAUUUUACCGUGGUGAGCACGUUCGAGGAUACGUCCUCGGAGUGGAAUUUCAAACUGGACCCGACGGUGGACAUCGAUCCUUACGACCCACCGCAGCUCGAGGGGAGGGACUUCUACAACAUGCCCACGUCCGUGCUGGACUCGUAUGUCUGCGAUACCACUGCGUAUUCCAUGAUCAAUGCGGUGGCGGCGGCUGGAGAGGAUCGCUUCUUGCGCCGGAUGGUGGUGAGAGCUGGGCAGUUCUACAAGCUUUCCCCCACAGAGAGGCUGGAGGACGAGGUGCUGGGAUGGAAAGUUUGGGCUGUCAAGGAUGGCGACGGCGUUCCAAACCUGGGGGAGCUCGAGAAAGCUGCCAGGGUGGUGUUAUAAGAGGGAGGACGGCGAGUACCCGGUGGUGGCGAAGCAGCUCGUUAUCUUCUGCACCGGGAACUCGGAGUUUUUCCCCGAGUUUUUGGUUGACACUAUCAACUGGAGGCGACUGGUGAGGGUGGUGAAGGAUGUUGUUGGCAGUCGCCCAAGCGCGCAGGAGCGGAUGUUUGUGUUUCGAGCCUGGGACGUGAGCUCAUCACUGGAUUCCAGGGAUCAAGUGUUCCUUGAGGAUCCAACCAAGCCUCAUGUCUGCGGCUGUGGUUCUUGACGACUAAACACGCUUUGGGCGUGGUGAUGAUGGCGCUGGGCAGGCAUUCUUCGUUACAUUGUUCUGCGUCAACCUCAUCGACGUUGAGGAGCCACUCCCGCCAUCGAUUCCAAAGUUACAACUGUUAGGAGUGGGGAUUUAUUCAUCACCAGUGUUGCUCACACGUCACCUGACGGAUGGGAAAAAUGGUUUACGAGUUGCGAGGCAGCUCAUCACGAGGGGAGCACCGAGCUCCGGACCAAGAAUUGAUCCUCACCAAGCUCAAGAGUGGUGUCUGCACCAAGGAUAGAGCUCAAGGGUGGUGGUAGCGAGCUCUGGCUCUAUCCUCACCAAGGUUGUAGCGGUGGUACCAAGGUCCUUUCAAGCGGGAGUACCGAGGUAGUCGCCGUGCUUUGAUUUUUGGUGGCAGAGCACUGUGAUCCUUGCUGAAGUAUUUGCCCCCUUCUUGACGACUCCAGUGCAUUAUUCACAAUCUUCCUCGAAGAACCUCACCAGCUUUUCACUCAA